AUGGAUAAUUCAAAACAAGACAAUCCCAAAGAUCACAACAGCAUCACCUGUUGGCAAACAAACACCAACAGCAUACAUGCAGAAACAGGCAAACAGCUAAAUAAGCUGCAACAAAUAGAGAGAACAGCAACAUGGUGGAACUCCUACAUCAACAACCUAAUGGGGGACUGGACCUUUCAGGACAUGGCCAUCAUGGGCUAUAAUGACUCGUCCUCUGUCUGGGCCUCUGUUACAGGGAAAACAUUCGUCAACAUUACACUAGCUGAGGCUGGUGUUCUGGUUGGUAAAGACGGGUCAAUUUUUGUUUUUCUUUUUGUGAAUGGGCUGAUGCUUAAGGGCCAGAAAUGUUCUGUGAUCUGGGACUCACUGCUGCAGGAUGGAGAAUUUACCAUGGGCUUUCUUGCCAAGAGCACCUGUGGAGACCCUGUCUUCAACAUCACUGUCACCAUGACUGCCAAGGCGCUAGUCCUGCUGAUGGACAAAGAAGGUGUCCACGGUGGCAUGAUCAACAAGAAAUAUUAUGAAAUGGCCUCCCACCUGCGUCAUGCUCAGUACUGACCUC